AAUCGCGUCGAUAUAAUUAUUGACUAAAUCGCAAUCGUUGAACCAAUUGAUAACUCUCAUCACAGCAGCAACUAUAUAAUUCAUUCGAUCGACUAAACAUCUGCUUGAUCGUUCAAGUGAAUUUUGAUCAUUCAAGCGAAGUCUCAUUAACUUCAUUACUUUUUUUUCUCAGUAUAGAUAAAUUUAUUGCAGACCAUAGGAAGCGAGUGUUUCUUUCUCGAUAAAAUUUUGGUCUUAUUACGCGUGUUUUUAACCAACGUAAGUCGUUGUGCGAUAAUUGUGGAUAAUUGAAAAUUAAGAAUUAAAUCGGCAAACAUUCGUUCAAAUAAAACCUACUUGAAGUUAAUGACAAGUGCGAAUCUUGUCGUGAAGUUUACCACGCCGGGUGACUGCGAUUUAUCGCAACAUCCUCUACGUAAUCUCUGGUUAUUUAAAACUUGGCAAUUAUCGGGACUGCAACGUCGAAAUAAACGGGUUGCUUCUUAGAUCAGCUUCUAACGUCUUAUAUAACGUAUGAUUCGCAAAAAGUAUAUGAUAUCUGAGACAGCGGGAUAAGCGCUUCGUAAUUAUACAUGUACGACAGAUUCGAAACGAUCGUCACCAUCGCCACAUCGCGAGAAUAUCUUGCAAACCGCACUGCUUAGCACAGAUCAUUGUUGAGUGAUGAACUAUACUGGGAAAAAAGUCUUGUGAUAGUUAACAAGUGCAUUUAGUUGAACAUCUGAGUGCAACAUUUGCUGGUACUUCCGUGCUUCGCGACGGCGAUAUGUCUUCGAUUUCUGUCGAAAAAGGAUACGGAAAUAAUAAUAAACAAACCGGGACACAUCUGGUUUUGGAACGCAAACAUGAACGAGUUCGACAAGCUCGAAACGCUGACAAUGAACGACACGGCUUUCUGUAGCAUCAACACGGUGAGCGAUCUGCGCGGAAAGACACUCAUCGUCGAUAUAAAACCCAUAAAUCCGUUUAUCAUGCAAAACGCAGAUAAGACCGGAGUCACGGGUUUCAUAGGAGACAUCUGGACGAAUCUAGAGGAUCUUUUGGGAUUUAAGACGAUUUACCGAAGCCCGAGAUUGAAGUACUACAGGAUGAAUGAAAAUACUCACGCACUGCUCACUGCCUCGAUGAUGCACCUGCCCAGCACGAGCUACUACGACUACAGCCUGCCAUUCACGACCAACUCAUACGCUUUGUUCGUCCACUGGGAGGGUGAGAAAGUCUCGACAACGUGGUAUCUCGACACCUUUAGUAGUGACCUGUGGUUAACGGCUUUCAUCUUCAUCUUGUGCAUCGCGUGUAGCAUCAUGGGAAUGUACCGCAUAAAGAAGCUAAUCCACACUAAUUACAUGGAAUUUCACGACGAGCUUUCCUCGCCGCUUUUCUGCUUGCUUUACGUUCUGGGUGGUAUUAGCGGCCAAGGAUUUCAGAAAGUUCCGAGGAGCUGGUCCUUCCGUUUGAUUAUUUUAUCCUGCCUGACAUUCGGACUAUUAUUGUCCUGUGGAUUCAGCAGCACUCUCACUUCCGAUCUGGCGAAUAUGAGAGACUCUUUCCCCUUCACUAGUCUUGAAGAUGUGGCGACGAAAAGGACACACAUACUUUGUAUCAGGAACGGCAGCAAUGCUUACAGCUACUUUACAGUAGACGAAUCGUCUGAUGGUGAAAUUAAGGACAACUGGAAAGAUUUGAUAAACCACGGCUGCCCUGACAUGAGCAACGACAAUCUCACCCCAGAACUGUGCGAUCCGAGUUUCGUUUAUUUGGAGGCGCCGAGCAGAUUCCGAUCGAUAUACUAUAGGGUUCAGCGUAACUGUAGCUUCAUACAGCUACCCGAGACCUAUUGGAGCCGCAGAAUGGUGUUUCUGCACUCCAGGUCGGCGCAACACCGACACCUCAUUAACAUGUACAUACUGCGAAUGGGCACAGCCGGGAUACUGAAUUAUCUCGAGAAAAAGUGGAUGCUAAUGAACACUUACGGCGAGUCCAAUUAUCUUGGACAGAGCACCUUCCAACCAGUGGAAUAUGAGCAUAUUAGUUUGGCCUUCUGCGGAUUCUUCAUGAUGGUCAUCGUCAGCGUGUUUAUCUGUGUUCUAGAGAACGUUUGGUACAAGCUACGACUGAGAUAUAAAAGGAUCAAUUCCACUUUAGUAUUAGUGGGGCCACACGAUUACAUAAGCGUGAACAUGACGAAGGUGUAUCGCAAACCGAGGCCGAGGGUCGUCAUUGUUCGACGGUGUCAAACAGUCAGAUCGAUAUUGUUACCUGAAAUUAUGAAGGACCCAGUAUUUCUUCAGAACGUCACGGUGCGAGUGAGUCGGCGGUAAAUGUUGCACUUAUAAUCCGAAGUGCGUACAUUUCGUCCGGGAACAGCGAGAUAUUUUCACGGAUCCUCACGUGAUUUUUAAGAAACGAAAGAAACGAGUCGGGAAAUUUGUCUUCGAGACUUCUUUUUCAAGGAUUACAAGCACACUCGAUCGAGACUAACUGAACAGUUCUAUCACGGUAGUGUAGCAACGUACGUUUCCAUAAUUCCAAUAUGUGGACACAUGCAUUUUUAUUUGCUGGCAAUAAAUCAUAUGUUACGUCGACUAA